AUGUCUGCUACCCCGCCAGAUGGCGAGUGUAAUACUGAUGAAGCGGAAUCAGACACAGCCAGACGGCCUGCUGCUGCUGCUAGGGGACGUCUUUGGAAUCCGCUCAAGUCUCGCGUAGUUCCGCCGGUGCCAUGCCAACGACAGCAGCCAUCGCGAGAGUGGUCAGCUGGGUUUUUCAGCAAACUCACGUUCAACUGGCUUACACCGCUGAUACAUCUUGGCUACCAGCGACCAUUGGAAAUAAAUGACAUCUGGCUGGUGAAUCCUCAACGAGGUGUAAAGGGCUUGGAAGAAGACUUUGAAACUCGGUUUGCCAAGGAAAUCACCAAGGGGAGCCCUCGGCCACUGCUAUCCGCGCUUUACUUCACAUUCAAGACCAAGUUUCUCCUAGGAGCCCUCUUCCAGUUUAUGGCGAUCGUAGCCCAAGCUGUGAGCCCGUAUAUACUGAAGUACAUCAUCGCCUUCGCCACAGAUGCAUUUAAUUCACAACGAGACGGGAAACAAGGCCCAUCUGUAGCCUACGGCAUUGGAUUGGUCAUCAUAAUUACAGCUUUGCAAGUUUUGAUGAACGUUUGCACUAAUCACUUUCUUUAUCGAGGUCUGACGGUUGGUGGAGAGGCUCGCGCUGUCAUGAUGUCACGGAUUUUCAGCAAGUCGCUUCGAUUAUCGGCUCGUGCAAAGGCAGGAGGUUCCGUCCCUUCGCCUGGUAGCGUCAAGACCGAAAGCGACACAAAGGAUCAGGAGAAUCCGGACGAGGGAUGGAGCAAUGGCAGAAUCAUCAACCUGCUGUCAACAGACGCAUCGCGCAUCGACCAGGCAUCUAGCUUCUUCCACAUCAUCUGGUCAUCACCGCUAUCGCUUAUCAUUACAAUCAUUCUCUUGUUGAUCAAUCUUGGAUAUUCUGCGUUGCCGGGAUUAGGGAUCCUAUUUAUCUCGACACCGCUCUUCGGCGUCGUCGCUCGUAGCCUUUUCAAGAGACGGAACACCAUCAACAAGCUCACAGAUAAGCGCAUCAGCAUCAUUUCCGAGACUCUACAGUCCAUUCGCUUCAUUAAAUUCUUCAAUUGGGAGCUUAGCUUUCUACAACGCAUCGAACACAUACGAAAAGAGGAAAUCAAAUCCAUACAAGGCCUGUUGGCUCUCCGCGACGCCGUACAAUCGACGGGCAUGGUUAUUCCUGUCUUCGCUUCCAUGCUAUCGUUCAUUACAUAUGCAAUGACUGGUAAUCACCAGCUAAGCCCAGCUCCUAUCUUCUCAUCACUUGCACUUUUCAACCAAAUGCGUUUUCCGUUGAGUAUCCUUCCAGUGGCUUUGGGUCAGGUCAUCGAUGCCCUGGCUUCUACGAAGCGAAUUCAGGAAUUUCUCCUAGCUGAGGAGGCCAUGGAGGAUGCAGAAGUGGAUUACAAUAACAAAAACGCCAUAGUUAUUGAAGACGCAACAUUUGUAUGGGAGCAAACCAAGUCUCGACAACCCUCCGAAGAUUCAGGUUCAGACGAAAAAGAUCCUGUAAUUCCCGAUUCGUUGGUGAACGAAGAGCCAUUUCAGAUUUCUGGACUUGACCUUACGGUCGGCCGUUCAGAGCUGAUUGGCGUCAUCGGGACCGUGGGCUCUGGUAAAAGUUCUCUCUUGGCUGCCCUCGCUGGAGGCAUGCGGAAGACGUCAGGCUCUGUGACAUUCGGUUCUACAAGGGCGUUUUGCCCUCAAAACGCAUGGAUUCAGAACGCUACCGUUAGAGACAACAUCAUCUUUGGUAGGGAGUUCAACCGCGACCUGUACGACAUGGUUACCCAAGCAUGUGCUCUUCGAGCAGACUUUGAGAUGCUUCCUCACGGAGACGAGACUGAGAUAGGAGAGCGUGGCAUCACGAUCUCCGGUGGCCAGAAGCAACGCAUCAACAUCGCCCGAGCCAUUUAUUUCAACUCUGACAUUGUCCUUAUGGACGAUCCUCUUUCUGCUGUCGACGCCGAAGUUGGCCGUCAUGUCAUGGACCAGGCGAUAUGCGGGCUGUUAGCAGACAAAUGCCGUAUUCUUGCCACACAUUCUCUACAUGUGCUUCAUCGAUGCGACAGAAUCAUCUGGUUGGACAGUGGGCGUAUCAAAGCCGAAGGCACCUUUCAGAAGCUGAUGGAGCAGAACAAUGAGUUCGUCCAACUAAUGACUUUAACCUUUCAGAGCAGUGAGAAGGCAAAGAUUGUGACCAUCGAUGAUGCUCCCGUUGCAAAUAAAGAAGAGGUUAACGAGCAAAGACCUGCAGAAGCUUCAAAAUCAUCAACGAACCAGAUUGGUCUUAUGCAAGACGAGGAUCGCGCUAUAGAAGCCGUCCCAUGGCAUGUCUACAUUGGAUACCUUAGAGCAGCAGGCAGUCUUCUGAUUGCGCCACUGGUUCUAUUCCUGCUUGUAAUAUCACAGAUUUCUUAUGUAGGCACUGGCCUGUGGCUUUCUUGGUGGACGGCUCGCCAGUUUUCUUUACCCCUGAGCGUAUGGCUCGGAACAUACGCAGGUCUCGGCUUUGCCCAAAUCAUAUCAUUAUUCGCCUUCUUUGUCUGCGUCUCCAUUUCAGGCACGCGGGCAAGCAAAAUCAUGUUCGACCGCGCUUUGAGCCGAGUCCUUCGGGCACCCAUGUCCUUUUUCGACACGACGCCUCUCGGGCGAAUCACCAAUCGCUUCUCCAAGGACGUCGACGUAAUGGACAACAAGCUCACCGACUCUCUAAGGAUGUAUUUCAUGUCAAUCGGUAACAUCGUGGCGACCUUCGUCUUGAUUCUCGCCUACUUCCAUCUUUUUGUGGCAGCCUUGGUGCCGCUCGUCAUCUUUUACUUCGUCGCCACGUCAUACUACCAUUCCUCGGCACGCGAGAUCAAGCGCCACGAGGCCAUCCAGAGAUCCAACGUUCUUGCAAAAGUCAGCGAGGCCGUAUACGGGACUUCGACGAUCCGAGCAUACGGCGUACAGAGCCAUUUCGUCGAGACGGUACGGCGGAACAUUGACCAUUUCGACGGUGCAUACUUUCUUACCUUUGCCAAUCAGUGCUGGCUAGCGAUCCGGUUAGAUGCGGUCGGUAUAGUCAUGAUUUUCGUCAUUGGCAUCCUCAUUGUGACCUCUCGGUUUACUGUUCAUCCGAGUAUCGGUGGCCUUGUCUUGUCUUAUAUGCUCGCCAUCGUAAAUAUUUGCAGCUUUGCAAUUCGGCAAAUGGCGGAGGCCGAGAACGACAUGAACAGCACCGAGAGAGUCUACUACUACGGUACUGUUCUUGAGGAAGAAGCACCACUGCAUAUCGGGCAAGUUCCUUCCAGUUGGCCGCAAACCGGGGAGAUUGUUUUCAAAGACGUUCAGCUACGAUAUCGUCCAAAGCUGCCACUGGUCCUCAAGGGCAUAAGCCUCCACAUCAAAGCCGGUGAGAGAGUUGGUAUCAUCGGGCGCACAGGCUCCGGGAAAUCCACCAUUAUACAAGCAUUGUUCCGGAUAGUGGAACUCUCGGGCGGCUCCAUAACUAUUGACGGGGUUGAUACCAGCCAGAUCGGACUGGCGGACUUUCGGUCUCAACUUGCAAUUAUUCCUCAAGAUCCAACCCUUUUCGAGGGCACCGUCAGAUCCAAUCUGGAUCCUUUCAAUGAGCAUAGUGACCUGGACCUCUGGUCAGCACUAAGAAAGUCUGGUCUCGUGGAUGGUGAUGAUGUGGGCGACAUAAAGCUCGACAGCGUGGUCGAGGAGGAAGGCCUCAACUUCUCGCUCGGCCAGCGUCAGCUCCUGGCCAUGGCUCGAGCCUUGGUGAAGGACUCCAAGAUCAUCGUGUGUGACGAGGCAACAAGCUCCGUUGACUUUUCGACCGAUGAAAAGGUCCAACAAACCCUGGGGGCCCUGAAAGGAAAGACAUUCCUUUGCAUUGCUCACCGGCUCAAGACAAUCAUUGGGUACGAUCGAAUUUGCGUCAUGGACCGCGGUCAUGUGGCUGAGCUGGACUCUCCCAUCGAUUUGUACGACCAGGGUGGGCUUUUCAAGAACAUGUGUGAUAAAAGUGGCAUCAAGAGGGAGGAUAUCCUGAGCAACAGGGGAUAUAGAUGA